AUGUUUCCUCGGUCUGCUUUUGUCAUCUCCAAAUACUGUGCCAUCAUCUGCCUAAAACCCGGCCUAGAGCUCACGAACACUGUCAUCUCUCGUGACGAACGCUGUAUCACUGCCUCUGUCAAGGACGCUCACCAAGUCAUCUGCCAAGUGGCUAAUGUGUACAUGCCAGCACAGGCAGCCAGUCGCCAUGCUUUCCUGUCAGAGCUAAUGUCCAUGCCAUUUUGGUCUGAUAUGCUCGACUCCCAGUGGAUUUUGCUUGGGGAUUUCAAUAUCCAUUUGCAUGAUGCGGGUGAAGCUCGUGGCCCAAAGAUCAAACCCUUUGUCGAAUGGUUAAAUACACAUUUUCUUAACUGUUUCCCAAGAGGUACUAUGACUCUCCCUUGUGCAGGUUCCACCAUUGAUUACAUUUUUGCGCCUCCUCGUAUGGCAACUCGUGUGCUCAAUGCUCAAAUUCAUCACAUCCCUCCGGCAUGGACAGAUCACAGUCUUCUAACUAUUGAUCUGGUCACCUCUGGCGUGAAGAUGGGUCCUGGCAGCUGGCGUUUUAAUCCAUACUUGCUUGAGAACAGGGAAUUCCAAGCUCUUCUGGAUAAAACAGUGGAACUCCUCUUGGCUUCUGAUUACUAUGAGGAGGUUGUGGGCGAUCCAAGUAUCUCUGGUGCUGGGGUCUCUGGUGCUGAUGUCUCUGGUGCUGAGUCUCGGGGUCUGGGUGUACGGUCUGUCCAGGAGAAGCGGGAGUCGCUCAAAUCCAUCAUCAAGUACUGUGCCCAACAGUUCACCAAAGGCCAGAAGGCUCGCUUUAAAGCUAGAGUCUCUCGUCUUCAGCGUGAACGAGAACAGCUGCUUGGUGACCAGGCGGAGAUGGCUCGGGUCAAGAAACUAGAGCAACUGAUUGAACAGAAGAUUCUUGAUGAUACUUGCCAAGCGAUGCUGCGUUCGGCCACUCGCUGGCUAGAGAUGGGUGAACAAAAUAACAAGUACUUCUAUGGUGUGAUCAAGAAUUGUGAGGCUCAACAGACAAUUCAAUCCUUGAAAAGGGCUAGUACAGGUGAAAGAUUGACGGAUAUGGGUGAGAUUCUUCAAGAAGCUCGAUCAUUCUACCAAGUGCUGUACACCCCUGAUGCCAUUGAUCUGGCGGCAGUGAACUCUCUUUUGGAAAAUAUCCCUGAGGAUGCCAAGCUACAAGAUGCCGAGGCAGAUAGGCUCAUCGAAUUACCCUCUAUAGACAUUGUCUUAGGGUUGCUUGACCAUACACCCAAGAACAAGUCUCCUGGUUUAGAUGGCCUUCUGUUCGAGGUCUAUCGAUAUUUGUGUGACAAAUUCCCUCCUGUUCUGCUUCUUCUACAACAAGUGUUGACUGACGCACUGCGUGGAAUCUUCCCAGACUCCUGGAAACAGACGAGGAUGGUGCUUCUUUUCAAGAAGGGAGAUCCCGAGCUACUCAAGAACUGGCGCCCUCUGUCAUUGAUCAAUAGCGAUGCCAAGUUGUUCACCAAACUGCUCGCCAACAGAUUUAAGCGUGUUCUCUCUCAGCUGAUCACCCCGUAUCAAACUGGCUUUAUGCCUCACCGUUUGAUCUCGGAGAACGCCUGGCUCAACCAGACGUUGAUGAACAACCUCCGUGCCGCUGCUCCCAAUGAUCCCAAUGUUGCUGCGCUUUUGGAUCAGGAGAAAGCUUAUGAUCGUGUAAACCCUACGUAUCUGGCGGUGGUGCUUCAUCAAUUUGGUUUCCAGCAUCCUUGGUUGACAGUACCUCGGGGUGCUCUUAUUGAACAACGAUGUGGUCUACGGCAGGGCGAUCCGCUCUCGCCCCUACUGUUCAAUCUCGCAUUUGAGCCUUUCCUCAGAACCAUCUUGGCUUGUGCAGACUUACGUGGUGUGGCUAUGUCUACGGACAAACGCUCGACUUUGGCACGUCGAAUUUCGGUUGCUUCCGCUCCAAUUGAGCCACAGACUGAUCAUGUCCUUCUGAGAGCUCCAGCAAGCCCUCCACGAGUCAAAAUGCUUAGUUAUGCUGAUGAUUUGGAAGUCUUUCUGACGUCUCCUGCUGAAUGGCCUGUGCUUUUGUCGCUCUUGUCACUCUAUGGCAAAGCGUCCAAUGCCAAGGUCAAUUUGGAGAAAACCGUGCUGGUGUCGCUGUCUGGCAAGCCUCAUGACGACUGGAAACACUUGGCAGACUCGUCUAACGUUGUAUGGCACGAUGAAUCUUCAACUGGCUCUGUGAGAUAUCUCGGUUACCCUUUGUACCAUACCGAUGAACAGUUGGCUCAUUUCCUGGAUACUAUCACAGUGAAGGUGCAGCGUCAAUGCAAUUCGCUCACGAAGCGACAGCUCUCCAUACGUAGCAAGGGUUUGGUGACAAAAUCCCUUCUUCUGUCUCGUCUGUGGCAUAUUCUUCGUGUGGUUGUGGUACCCAGUAAGUGGCUGAAGGAGAUCCAGCGCAUUGUGCGUCAAUAUAUUGUCUCGUUUUGGCCGGUUGUGGCAUGGGAUUCUCUUUGCCUUCCGCGCAAACAUGGUGGUCUCGGCCUGGUCGACAUUAAGAAUCAGCAUCUCGCUUUGCAUCUCAUUUAUGUCAAACGGCUGCUUCUACCUCGCUCCCUGGCCGAUUUUCUCUCUCCCUGGUUACUGUAUACUUUCCACGUAUACUCAGGUCAUGCCAAUGCUCUUCCGUUACUGCUGUAUCCUCGUAACUACUGGCCUCGUUUGAGAAAAUGCCCCCAUCUGGAGCAUCUGGCUUGGUUACGCCCUCGCAAUACCGCAACCUUGCAACAUCUGUUCAAUGCUCUAUGCCCUUUUGAGGGUCCUCCUGUGUGGAUCAUCCCUGAUUCUCUCAGAUCGGUCAUGGCAUUCACCGACCAAGAGCGUACCGCCAUGCUGGAGAGCUCGACAAGCACCUCUCCUUCCGCUCCUAGCUUUUCGCACUAG